AUGGAUAGUGUCGUAUUGCAGAUCAAAGAAGUUGUCGGCAAGGCUGAUGCGACAGCCAAAGACAGGAUGCUGGAUAUCCUGGAGAAUCUUAUCUUGGAGCUUCGAGAUCCAAUGGAUGUCCUCUAUAACACGUAUGGAGCGGCAAUUCAAAUGCCCAUGGCCAAAGUCGGUGCAGACAUCGGUGUCUUUCGAAAGUUGGCCGAGUUGCAGCCCGCAUCUUCACGGACAGUUGAUCAACUUGUUGGUGAGACAGGGGCUGAUGCCGAAUUGCUAGAACGGCUUCUUCGGUAUCUUGCUUCUAUAAAUUAUAUCCAGGAGGUUGGCCUGGAUGAAUAUACCGCCAACAAGUUUACGCAUAUGCUAGCCAAUCCUGUGCUGGAAGCUUCUUUGACUCAUGGAGUCGGCAACAUGAAUCCUGCAAUCAACGCUGCCCCAGCAUUCCUCAAAGAAAUAGGCUACAAAAAUGUUAACGACAGCUCCAACACCCCUUUCCAAAAAGCCUUCAACACGAACCUCAAAGCAUUCGACUACAUAUCUCAAAGCCCCGAGAUGUUUGGCUCUCUACAAGUCGUCAUGACCGCAUUUGAGUCAACCAACUGGGUUGAGGGUUUUAACAUUUUCCAAGAUGAAGUCAAUGCCCUGUCUACACAGCCCUCCACACCUAAGAGACAGUUUCUAGUCGACGUCGGCGGUGGCCACGGCCACCAAUGCGUCCAACUCCUCCAGAAAUAUCCUUCUCUCCACGGCAGAUUAACCCUCGAAGACCUCCCUGAAGCCGUCGAAAAGGCUCCCCGCAAAGAAGGAAUCUCAUACAUAGCACAAGACUUUUUCAAACCGCAAGUCUGCCACGGCGCAAAAUUUUAUUACAUGCGCCGUAUUAUGCAUGACUGGCCGGAAAAUGAAUGCGUGAAGAUUCUGAGACAGUUAGUUGAUGUAUUUGCCGACGAUUCGAGGAUAUUGUUGGAUGAGGUUGUGCUUCCGGAUACGGGUGCGCACUGGCAAGCGACGAUGGCGGAUUUGUCCAUGAUGGUUGUUUUUGCGGGCGCGGAGAGGACUAGACGAGCAUGGAAUAGGCUUGUGGCGAAGGCCGGUUUGAAGAUAAGCCAUGCGCAUACCUAUGAUGCGAAGAGGGGGUAUUCAGUUAUUGUUCUGGAGAAGCUGUAG